AUGCACGCUGCGCUCUGCAUCGACGAGAUCUUUGAAAUCGUCCUAGAAGCGUGCUCCCACUGGACCGAGAAGGAGUACUGCUGGACUCUCGCUCAACUUGCUCGAUGCUGCCGGCUCUGGUACGAUCCAGCGGAGGACAGGCUGUGGUGUCGCCUAGACAGCCUCCGACCUCUAUUGUCCUUACUUCCUGGUUUUGGGGUGAAGAAUGGUGUCGUGGAAUUCAUGUCACCAGAGAACGUAACUGCUGCAGCAUUUGCACGGCUCCAUUCACACGCUGCUCGUGUGAGGAGCAUCAAGCACACGGAGAGCAUCAGCAUGCCGCCUUCGCUCCAUCCAUUCAUCUUCCUGCCAAACCUCCGAUCCGUCCGCUUCUCGCAGGCGGGAUGCGAAACGUCGGCAUGUUGGAGCAUCUCCAGGGCAGUGUGCAAAGUGGACAUCAAUCUCGGGUUUUCGCCCAGACCGGACAGCGCCGAUACCGACAAGGCUGUGCAGCGCAGGAGCAGCGCUGUCGCGGAUUACCUAGACGAGCUCUUCAUGACCGCGAAAGGGGUGCACUCACUGCGCAUGCGAGGCAGCGUCUCAGUGCAUCUGGAUCAGAAGCUUGCCACGUACACGUCUCUCCGGAGUCUUGACUUGCACAUGGGAAUCUGUCUGAGUGCAGAGACCUUCGCCACGAUCUCAGCGGCAUUCCCGCAUCUAUCAGAACUAGACAUUAACGCUCAACACAUAGACGCCAUCGACUUCCGCAUGGCCCUCCCAUGUUCCGUCUCACAGCUUUUCCCCUCGCUACAGCAUCUCACCAUUCGAGCAGAGCCGGCACUACUUGUCGCUCUCUUGCCGCUCGUCCCGCCGGAUGUCAUGCGCUCGAUCCAUUUGGAUGCUGAUUGUCCUCUUGGCGUAUCAUCUCUCCACGACGUGUGUGAACUCCUGUCUGCGCGGGUCUCAGGAAGCCUCCAGGAAUUUGCCAUACAGCACUUCCCUGACUUCGACGAGAUAGACGACCCUGAAUCUGCGCGCGAAACGUCGGAUUGGUUCACAAUAGCCAUCCUACGCCCUCUCGCACGCUUGCAAUUCCUGCGACGCUUCAGCGUGGCGGCGACCAAGCCGCCGGACCUGUGCGACAAAGAUAUAGAGGAAAUCGCCUCAUGGUGGCCUCAUCUGGAGCAUCUCGACCUUGGCACGCUCGACGAUGAGGAUUGCAGCCGUCGCAUGACAACCUGUUCGUACGCGGCGCUCGCAAGAUCCUGUCCAAUGCUGCGCUCCCUGGCGCUACCCGUUGAGAUCCCUGACAUCACAAGCAGUUCUUCUAUCAUUCUUCCCGUGCCUGCGAAUACGGCCGAGCGCCCGCGUCCCGUCGCGUUCUCACAGCAAGCGCUGCGAUACGUACGGAUUGGGAGGCUUCCGCCAACAGCAGGCUCUGCAUCGUCGUUCCGCACGUUCAUCCGUCUGUUGUUUCCAUCGCUGGUCACGAUGGAUGUUUCGGCGCCUGCAGACACCGCAACGGGAAACCUAGACAAGCUCCACGCAUCGGAUUCGGGAGCCGACCUUGCCAAGUAUUACGUCGACAUCCUAGACAAGUACCGCGACUACUAG